AUGAGUGACGACGGCAGCGAGGAUUCGGCACCGCGCCCCAAGCGCAAGAUCAAGCGGGUGGUGGUAAUGUCGUCCAACUCUAGCUCCGACAGCGACGAGUGCAUCGCUCCCACGGGGACACGUAGAAAGCGAAUGAGGGUGGUUAGCGAUGCCGAGACUGACACUAGCGGGAGUUCUGUUGUGUGUGCGGGAGCGCGACGCAAACGAACGCUGCCGAAGCUUCGGGAUUCUGACGGGGACAGUGACACCUCUGGAUGGGCCACAGACCAAUCCGACGCCCCUAAGCCUGCUCCCGGUCCCUCAAGGCCCGCCUCUGGCUUUGCAUCUGACAGUUCUGAAGGAAACUCAGAUAAAUGCUCUAUCUGCCUGAUGCGUUUCACUUCUCAAGAAGUGGGCACACCACAAAACUGUGAACACAUUUUCUGCUUGGACUGCAUCACAGAAUGGUCAAAAAAUGUAAACACAUGUCCUGUGGACAGACUUACAUUUGAUUCUAUUGUUGUACGGGCUUGUGCUGGUGGCAGAGUACUGCGCACUGAGCCUGUGACGGUUGUAGAACGCAGACCAUCAGUAGAAAUGCUCGUUAUAGAGGAUCCUACUACAUGUGAGUCUAAAAAGCGGCAGCCCCGCACCGUGGCGCGGCGCUCGCACGUGCGCGCCAGCGUGCGCGCGCGGCUGGCCGACCUGCGCGGGGCCGAGCGCGAGCAGCGCGCGCCGCCGGCCGGCCACCAGGCGCUGGCCGCGCGCCGCCGCGCCGCCGCCAUCCCCGCGCUCAGCCUGUUCGGCGCGCGCCACCAGCUCGACCGCUUCGACGACGACGACGACGCCGGCGCCUCCGAGGCCGCCUCCACGGCCGUGGCCGUCCGCCCGACCGCCGGCGUCUUCAGCGCCUACAGACAGGCGAGGAGAAAGAUGGUCUCGGUGCCGUCGCCCCCGCACGCGUCGUCGGCGCCCGAUUUGCUCUCGAGCAUAUUGGACAGUCAGGCGAAGCUGCACUCCAGGAACUCGGUGGUGUCGAUUUCGGUGGACGGGAGCGUCAGCAUCGAGGUGCGGACCGUCAAAAAGGACAGACCUCCCGUCGGGAAGGGCGACGGGAGACUCGAUCUGACGAAAGGGGACGAGGGGGCGGCUCGGAAGGCGCCCUCGUACCCGGGGCAGUCGCGCGGCGGCUGGGGCGGCGGCUACCGCGGCGACUACCGCCGCGAGCAGGCCGGCGGCUUCGGCCGCGCCGGCGCCCCCCGGCCCGACAACGGCUACGGCGCCGGCGCCCAGGGCGGCCACGGCUACCGGCGCGGCCCGCAGGACGGCGAGGGCCACGGGGGCUUCGCGCGCCGCCCCCACUCCUACCCGCAGGCCGACGACAACGGCUUCGACCGGAACAGGCGUCCGCCGCCGGGGGACGCGAACCGACAGCAGAACUUCCCGCAGAACCAGAGGCACGACGAGCGGCGCCCCGGCCGCUCCAGCCUGGGCCCGUCGUGGCAGCCCUACGGCGGGCCCGGCCCGCGCCGCGACGCCGCGCCCGCGCGCCUCUCCUGCGACGACCCGCUCGACAUGCGCGUGCAGCCCCCCCGCCCCCGCGCCCCGCCCUACCGGCCGCUGCCCGAGCCGCCCGUCUUCGAGUUCGACAAAACGCCCGACGUGGACAAGUCGGAGGACGAGAGGAGCGAUUCGGGUCUCGUGAUAGACACCGAGAAGUACGACCCCACCGAGCCGACCAACGACGACGACAGCGGCGACGACCCCGCGCCCGCCGCCCAGGCCCCCGCGGCCCCCGGCCCGGCGCCCGCGCUGGACGCCAGCGUGCUGGACGUGUGCGUGCGGCAGGUGCUGCGCGAGCACAGCUCGCUGCUGGCGCCGGCGGCCGCGCGCAGCGACGACGACUCCGACGGCGACUGCCCCAACUUCUCCAUCUACUCCGCCGCCAGCGUGCACAUCGCCAACGACGCCGGCGCGCGCCCGCCCGCCGCGCCCGCGCCCGCGCCGCCCGACGACAUGGCCGACCUGGUGCAGGAGGACGACGAGCCCGCGCCCGCCGCGCCAGCCACGCCCGCGCGCCCGCCCGCAGACAUGAGGAAGACGCGCGAGGAGCUCAAGGAGAAGGUGUCCAAGAGGUGCCCGAUAACCACGAAUCCGAGGAACCCGAUCAAGAUCAAGCUGAACACGCCGUCGCUCAUCCGGAGACACAUGAGCCUGUACGACGACGCCGACGAGGAGGAGGAGGAGCCGGAGGACGAGGCCGAGCCCGCCGACCGCGCCGCGCCCGCGCAGGAGCCGCGCGUCCCCGCGGGCCGCGCCGCCGACGACGCGCCCGGCGAGCGCGGGCUCGAGGCGCGCGGCCGCGUCGAGCCCGACGAGGACGAGGAGACGACGAAAGAAGACGAGAUUAAAAAUGCGCAGUCGCCCGAGGAGAACGUUUCGACCGAGGAGCCGGCGCCCGUCGCCGCCUCCGAGAGCAAGUCCGCCGCCGAGAGCGAGUCCGCCUCCGAGGGAGAGGACGACGACGACGACGAUAAAGACGGCGCGAGGGCGUCCCCGGUCCCGAACGCCCGGGAGGCGAGCGACGAGGAGAAGGACGAGCGGGACGCCGGGAAGGAGCCCGAGCCGGACGACGCCGGCGGCUCCGACGCGGCCGAGAAGCCGGACGACGACGCGCUCAGCGACGACGCCCGCGACGCGUCCGACGCCGGCUCCCCGCCCCGCGCGCGCGCGCCCGGCGCCGCCGUCGAGAAGAUGACCGAGUCCAUCAGCGAGACCGAGGACGAGCGCAGCUACACGCCCUGCCUCGACGAGAACAAGUCCAAGGACGCCUCGCUCGAGCCCGAGCGCGACCGCGGGCUCGACGGGCUCGACACCGAGAUGAUCUCCGAGGACGAGGGCAACGAGCUGUUCGGCGACGACGCGCCCGCCGCGCCCGAGGACGGCGAGAUCCCGCCCGCCGCCGAGCCCGCCAGGAAGAAGAAGCGCAAGGACUCCAAGCGCGACUCCAAGAAGGAGGGCAAGGAGAAGGGCAAGAAGUCCAAGAAGAGCGACGUCGCCUUCAAGAAGCUCAGCAAGAGCGGCAAGGAGCGCCACUACCGCGACAAGGACAAGGACGAGCGCCGCCGCGACUCCAGCGCCGAGCGCAAGCGCAAGCGCAAGGAGAAGCGCAAGGACCUCGAGCGCUACGACGUGCGCACCGUCGUCACCGACAAGCGCCGCCGCGCCAAGGACGCCUUCGGCCGCGACGUCUCGCCGCGCCGCUCGCGCUCGCCCACGCCGCGCUCGCGCACACCCGAGCCGCGCCGCACGCCCGAGCCGCGCCGUCGCAGUCCCUCGCCGCGACGCCGCAGUCUCUCGCCGCGCCGCCGCAGUCCCUCGCCGCGCCGUCGCAGUCCCUCGCUGCGCCGUCGCAGUCCCUCGCCGCGCCCCUCGCCCGUGCGCCGCGCCGCCUCGCCCUCGCCCGCGCGGCGGCGGCGCCCCGAGCGGCGGCGCUCCCGGCCGCGCAAGCGCCGCGCCUCGGCCUCGCGCUCCGCGUCGCGCGCGCGCUCCAAGGGCAAGCGGCGGCGGCGCGCGCGCUCCGAGCGGCCGCAGCGGCGCCGCAGCCCGAAGCGCCGGCGCGGCCGCCGCCGCAGCGCCGCGCGCGAGCCGCCGCAGGCCGCGCCCGCCUCGUGGUCUCCGCUGUGGGUGACGGGCUCGCCCCGGGGCUCCGUCGAGCGCGGCCUGGCGUCGCCGCUGGCGCGGGACACUUCGGGCUCGGUGGACUCGCGGCUGCUGUCGCCGCGCACGCCGCCGCCGCUCACGCCCUCGCCGCGCAACGUCAUCGUGCUGAGCGACAGCGAGCCCGCCGACGAGCCCGCGCCGCCGCCGCCCGACGCCGCGCCGCCCGCCGCCGCCGGCCCGCGCACGCCGCCCGGCCGCGCCACGCCCGCCGCCGCCGCCGCCGACGCCGGCGCCGACAAGCCGCACCAACGGCCGGCGGGCGCCGCGUCGGAGGCGGGGUCGGAGGCGCGCGGGCCCAGCACGCCGCCCGAGGCGCCCAGCUCGCCCGACGCCUACGACCCCUUCGAGCCCACGCGCUCCGCCUCGGGCUCGCCGGGCACGGUGGCGCGCGAGCCGCCGCCCGAGCCGCCGCGCGCCACCAUGACGCUGGAGGCGGCGCAGAAGACCAACCUGUCCGCCGACGACGUCAUCGACCGCCGCCCGCUGUCGCCCAUGGAGAAGGUCAUGGCGCUGCUGCAGUCCACGCGCGACGUGUCGCCCGAGCCGCCGCCCGAGGCGCGCGCCGAGCCGCCGCCCGCGCCCGCGCCCGCGCCGCCGCGCAUCGUGCUGCCCGACGCGCCGCCCAAGCUGUUCCUGGCCAAGCCCUCGCCCAUCAAGAGCGACCCGAUCAAGCCGAUGCAGGCGCGGCCGGUGCGGCGCGCGGAGUCGGAGGCGGGCGGCUCGUCGCCGUACUCGCCGGGCUCGUCGGACUUCGGCGAGCUGUUCGAGCCGCCGCGGCGCCGCGACGCCUUCGACGCGCUGGCCGAGCGGCCCCGCGCGCGCGCGCACCCCGCCAAGGUGCCCGUCAAGCUCAACAAGAAGAAAGGAAAAACGCAAGUGGGCGUGAAGAUCGACGAGGACAACCUCAAGAUCCUGGACGACCUGCCCAGCUCCGCCGUCGAGAUGCAAGUCAAGAGCAAGGUCCGCUACCCCAGCUUCCUGAAGAAGCUGAACCGGCAGGAGCGCGUGGUGGAGGAGGUGAAGCUGGUGCUGAAGCCGCACUACAACAAGAAGCGCGUCACCAAGGACCAGUACAAGGACAUCCUGCGCCGCGCCGUGCCCAAGAUCUGUCACAACAAGUCGGGCGAGAUCAACCCGACCAAGAUCCAGGCGCUGGUGGAGGCGUACGUGAAGAAGUUCCGGAAAAAGAACAAACUCGGCCUGGCGUAG